GAGAACAGGCUGAGGGUGGACCCUGCCCGGGAGGCGGGGCCGGGUGCUCCGAGCCCGCAGGCCCCUCCCCCGCGGACAGCCGCCUUGGCAGCCGGAGCUCGAUCCCCGGCUGGGCCGUCUGCGCCAUCCCCGGGUCCCUCCCUCGUCCCCGUGUUUCCCUCCCCUUGGUCCCAGUAUCCCCCGUGUCCCCACGUCCCCCGCCCCUAUGGAGCAGCUGCUGCGCACCGAGCUGCGCACCGCGACCCUGCGCGCCUUCGGGAGCCCGGGCGCCGGCUUCAUUAGCGAGGGGCGCGCCUACGACACGGACGCGGGCCCCGUGUUCGUCAAGGUCAACCGCAGGACGCAGGCCCGGCAGAUGUUUGAGGGGGAGAUGGCCAGCCUGGAGGCCCUCCGGAGCACUGGCCUGGUGCGGGCACCUCGGCCCAUCAAGGUGAUUGACCUGCCAGGAGGUGGGGCCGCCUUUGUGAUGGAGCAUCUGAAGAUGAGGAGUUUGAGCAGUCAGGCAUCAAGACUUGGAGACCAGAUGGCGGAUUUGCACCUUUACAACCAGAGUCUGAGGCAGAAGUGGAAGGAGGAGGCGAGCACAGUGGGCCGGAGGGCUGAGGGUGCUGAGCCCCAGUAUGUGGCCAAGUUCGGCUUCCACACGGUGACGUACUGCGGCUUCAUCCCGCAGGUGAAUGAGUGGCAGGAUGACUGGCCGACCUUCUUCACCCAGCACCGGCUCCAGGCACAGCUGGACCUCAUUGAGAAAGACUAUGCUGACCGAGAGGCACGAGAACUCUGGUCACAGCUACAGGUGAAGAUCCCGGAUCUGUUUUGCGGCCUCGAGAUUGUCCCGGCCCUUCUUCACGGGGAUCUCUGGUCGGGAAAUGUGGCUGAGGAUGACACGGGGCCCAUUGUUUAUGACCCUGCUUCCUUCUAUGGCCAUUCCGAGUUUGAACUGGCAAUUGCCUUGAUGUUCGGGGGUUUUCCCAGAUCCUUCUUCACUGCCUACCACCGGAAGAUCCCCAAGGCUCCGGGGUUCGACAGGCGGCUGCUGCUCUAUCAGCUCUUUAACUACCUGAACCACUGGAACCACUUCGGGCGGGAGUAUAGGAGCCCGUCCCUGGGCACCAUGAGGAAGCUUCUCAAGUAACCGGGGCGGCAACACCAGAGGCGGCUUCAGGGACGAAUAAAGCCACUGGGGCUUUCAGGGA